GUCGACGCAACCGACGAUAUCAGGUGCAAUUCGAGACAUGCAAUAGUUGAAGCGAUUAUCAAUCAUGACGUGCGUUGGUUUUCCCGUGCGCAAGAUCAUUUUUCGGGAAAUUCUUGAAUUAAAGGGCAUUGACAACUUCGAGGCGCCUGACGAAGAUGAGCCUGUCGCAUGAGCGAAGUGAUGCCUUUGCAGAUAUAAUCUCCCUGAACGUGUCCCCUGAAGGGAGUCUACCGCUGACCGAAGAUGCACUUCGUAACGCGACUGUCGCCCUCGAAUCUUCAACGCGAGCCUACAAACAACGGACAGAGGCCCUUCAGUCUCAGCUAGCAGCCCUAAGAGAAUCUUCAAGCGUGUCAGAUGCCAUUCAGCAGACUUCUACCACCCAUGCGUCUUACUUGGGCCAAAGACAAGCAGCUCAGAUCCAGCAUAUCACGUUCGCAAACGAGCAGCUGUUCGACACGCUCAGAACUGAGCUCCAGCUUGAACAAGACAAUGUUGAAAAGCAUGUCAAAGCUGCCCACUUGGACAUCCCAGCCAGACUGGCCUCUGAUGAUCAAAGUCUGCAAGGCCUCAAUGACAUUACACUAAAGUCAUCCAGCUCGCCUCUUGAUGUUGAACAUACUAGAACGAGGAUUGCUGAGCUCAGUUCGGCCCUACACUUCUACCAAGUCCAGACUGUCAAAGAUCUUCUCGACCUCACCUACCUCCAGUGUGUCAUCAGGUCCCCAGAGGAGAGAUCCGAGGCGAACCCAGCUUCUGAGACCUCACGUCAAGUUCAGGACGAUCUCGGAUCUUUAUACUCGGAAAUUGAUGAUGUUGUGGCUAUGACGGUAAGGCAGGAGCAUGGCAAUCCGACUGAGAAGUCACUACAAGCAAUGAUUGGUCUUCGCAAGAAACAGGACCACAUCAGAUCUACAAAGAUUCAUUCAGAACUGUUGUUGCUCACACAGCGCAUGGAACGAGUUGCGACUGACCUGGGGAAUCUCGAGUCUCGGCGACAUGUCCUCAAUGAUUUUGACCUGAGAUUGAAAGGACUCGAGCCUGAGCACCAGGCUUUCCCCAAGACACCGCUACGAAGUACUAGCACGGAAGCAGUCUCUAUCGACUCUCUAGCUAUGAAUGCAGUUUUAAAUCGCCUCGGCAUACCGGCAAAUAGAGACACUUCAUUGGAACACCUCCGCCGCCAAAUCCAGGAUCUAUCAACAAAGCUGCAAGAUCGAUCAACCAUGCAGAUUUUGCAAGUCUUGAGUCAAUCCCGCGAGGCUGUGUCAAGCAGAGCAAGUCAUAUACAGAGAGUUGGGAAUGCUUUGGCCCAUGACAAGUUGAACAUGAGCGAGGUCGGCAAUCUGGAAUCCGCCAUCGUGGAAGCGAGAGCAGAAUUGGGUGCCUUGCCACGAAGCAAUUGAAUUGUGGUCUAGCCCUAUCUAGAUUGGUAAACAAGAAAGUCGUUGAUCAAGAAGAGCAACAGAACAUCGCAAAAGCUAGGACGAAAGCCAAUAAAGGCGAAAGUGUCGUGAUGACAUUGACCGAACCCCGGCAGAUGUAUCUGUUCUAAGACGGUCUAUGUACAUAUAUUGCAGAUG